CAUGUUUUUAGCUAACUGAGACUUGUUAUAGCACUUAUAAAUCCUUGCUCUUUUGUUGUUUUGGAUUGCUUCCGUUGUCCUCGUUUGUAAGUCGCUUUGGAUAAAAGCGUCUGCUAAAUGACUACUAAAUGUAAACGUAUGCUUCCUACAGUGGGUUAACGCUCCCGCUGAACCGGACGUGAUUCCUUCACAGUUGCACUGUUGUCAUUGCACGGUCAAUGGCGGACGGUGCUUGAGCGUUUAUCUGAAAAACGUAGGCUUGGCACAAAUAUACUUGAAUAUCGCCCGGCCAUUUAAAGCAUUUAGAUCGCACGUGUGUUUCGGCCCGUGAGCAUGGAUGUGAAUCUGACCAUCUCUCUGAUGCGGGGCCAGAUGGGCGCUGUUAUUGAGAAAGCCGUGAACAUCGCGGUGGAGACCGUGUUAGGAGAGAUGAUCCGGGUGGUCGGGCUCAAAUUCGAGGAGAUCAAACGGGAGAUGACCGCUAAAGAGAAGGAGAACGAGAACAUCAGGAGGAUGUUGGAGACGUCCCGCUGUCAGAUGAAAACCAUGCGCAAGUACAUCAGCGUCCUGUCUGCCGAAGAGCCCAGACAUAGACUGUAUCAGGGAGAUGGAGACAUGGCUACAACAUCCACAGGGAUGCACUGCAGAAGAGGGCCAAACCCCUGUCCCAGACCUAGAGUCUCUGAGCCAGCCCCUGUAGCUGGACCCUCGUGGCUGAGACAACAGAUGCACAUGUCCAAAGAAACAUUAAGAAGUGACAGUCACAUUCCUGAGCAAGACACUGAAGAGACCCAUGCGUCAACAAUUCAUAAAGUUGUGAACUCAAGCUCUCAUCUGAUGGACAGUCAGGCGCUUCUGUCAGAGACCAUUGAUCCCAUCUGGGGUCAGAACCCUCUGGCCUCUGCAGAGACCGGACACACAGACAUGCCUGACAGCAGCGUCCUCUCUGCACCCAUGAUGGCGGAUGAAUGCAUGUCAUCCCAAACAACAAGCACAUUGACCUUUGGAGCACCAUCACUUAAAAUCAAACAGGAGGAGGCGGAGGUUGAAAUAGUCUGUGUGAAAGAUGAACCCGCAGAAGCUGGCAGCAUCCCUAGAUUUGAAUAUUCCAACGCUGAACUUCACCAGCCAGCGGGAGAACCAGAGCUAGGGGUCUCACUAGAUCUCCCCGCAUCAUUUCAAGCUCUUCAGAGUCCAGGCACUUCAGCAGACCUUGCAAUCCCAGCAUUCAUUGGUGUGGACCCGACUACCUAUGACGACUCUCAGCUGUCAGUGGCAGGGGUCCAAAAGCAGAUGCGUCCGAGACGUAAGGACCUGAAUCUGUAUGAAGAAUACAAACUCAGCCGGACUCUGAGAGGCCGCAACACGAACCGAGGCCGUAGUACAAACCGACGGCGUGAGCUGGAUCAGACUCUACCACAGGCUCUACUUGCAGACUUGGUAAGGGAACGAAGGGAAAAGACUCGUCUACGAGUGGCCCGCUGGCGUGCCAAACGCAAACUACAAGCCUGUCUAAUGGCGUCGCAGGCUGCGCAGUUCAGUGGUGCUCCUGUGCAGAGUUCACCUGCCCAGCGUGGAGGCCUGAUCUCCACCCGCAGGCGAGGCGGAGCGAUGGCACAACGCGGUGGGCUUGGAUUGAGAAGGGGACUGUCAGAGACUGGCACUUAUAACGUGCUUCUGCAGCUGGGGCCCAGUCCUACACAAUCAGCUUCGAUACGUGGCAUGAAUGAGGGUCUGAUGCCGUCUGGACCCUCAGCGCUAUCACAGCACAGAACCACUGCAUCGAGAUCAACUUAUCAAUGAUGCAGUGUUUACUACGUAUUAGCGCGCUAGGUUGUUGCCAUGCUAAUGGUUAACCAAGUUAUAUUUUCCGAAGUGAGGCACUUUUACUAUAAACUUAGAAUGAUCUGUGCCAACCUCAUUUACAACAAAAAUCUGACUAUUCAUUAAUGUUUAUUUUGACAUAGGGCUGGGCGAUUUAUUCAAAUUUAUCAAUAAAUUUGAAUUUAAUGGUUUGUCAUGAUUGUUUUUAUUUUUAUUUUUAAUAAAUCUCGAUCUCGAGUCAAAUGGUGCGUUCAAGUCAUCUUGUAUAGAUCGUAUUUAUCGUAUUUUAGAUGCACAUGAAUGCCACCACAAUAUCGUAGAUACCAGUGGGGAGCUCGGGAUUUUCUUUUAAGUUGGGGGCGUGUCAGUGAAUACUUAAAGGUAUUUAGCUGUGAUUGUCAGGCUUUUCUAUUUACAGCGCAGUAAGUAAAUUAUCAACGACGCAUAAUAUGAUGGCAUUAUAAUAUGCAACUUGUAACAAUAAAGUUGCAGUGGCUUCUUAAAUUAAUUUAAAACAUUAAAAAACGAAGUAUACCUAAUGCACAUUUCUUUGUUUUUCAUUUUCUAGAACAAGAGUUUAAGAAAAUAGCUGUAUUUUUGUGUUUUUAAUUAAGAGAAAGCACUCCGCCAUCUUGCUCCGACCAAAGUGACUUGAACGCACAUGCCGUCGUGAGCACAACUUCCCUCCUCGUGCGUACGAACUUCCCAGGAGGACUUGAACGCACCAAAAUAGUCAAGAUCACAAGUCAUCUGCGUCCAUGUUUACUUAGAAAAACAUUUACAUUUAUUCAUUUAGCAGAUGCUUUUAUCCAAAGCGACUUACAAAUGAGGACAGUGGAAGCAAUCAAAAACAGCAAAAAGAGCAAUGAUAUAUAAGUGCUAUAACAAGUCUCAGUUAGGUUAACACAGUACACGUAGCAAUUUAUCAUUUACGUAUGAUAAAUGAAAAGAAACCCGAUACAAUAGAAAAAGAAAAUAUGAAAAACAAUGGAAAAGCAGUGCAAUCAAUUUAAAAACCUGUUAAGAACUACAACUGUAUGUCUGGUAUUUUUUAUGUUUGCAUCAUUUAUCUUUCUGUAAAGAUAUUUAAAAAGCGAUGAAAGCUUCAUGCGUGGUGCACUUUGAAUAGAAUUUUCUUUAACUAUAAGGUUAAUACCUUAAUACAGAGAAGGUUACUUGAAUCGAAAAAUUGGCUAAACGUUCUGAAAAAAUAUAAUUUUAUUUUGUGUGCGUGUGUGUAUCGCCCAGCCCUACUUUUACCAUUGCAAACUGAAUCCAAAUUGAGUAAAAUUAAACUGUUUGGUUAUUUAGUAACAUUAAACAAUUGAAAUUGCACUAUAAUGUAUUCUAAAGUCAACUGAGCUGAAUAACUAACUAAAAGGUACAAAAAUAUUUUUCAGCGAUAAUGUAUUCAUCGGUGAAGACGCUGUGCUCUGCACACAGCGGAAACUGAUAUCUGUCCUAGAAAACAGUGUUAGCAUGACUGCCCUGGUUAUGUUAGCUGACGUGCUUGAAAGGUUUUUCCAUCUGCAGUGGUUUGAAAUACUUCAUUCAUUUAAAUAUAUUGUAGCCUAAAUUUUUCCAGGAAACGUCAUUGUUGACAAUUACCAUGCUGACUUUCGUCGACCAAAAUAAAUUGUAUGCCAGUGCUUUCUGAAUGAGAACACACAUUGCAAAACUGCUGUGUAAGCUGAUGUGUGUGUUUGAUUGUGACGUGGUUUAACAGAAAAAGCAGUGAAUGCUGUUUUAUAUUUGCUGGAAAUUAGUCUGUUUUGGUGGCUGAUGCAUGUUUUGGUAUGAAAGGGUAUGGAAUAUUUUCUGAUAAAAUGCUCACGAGUAGAGUUACAGUCUCAGCAAUGGGAAAAACUGUAAACCAAGAGCCGAUAUUAGUUUCUUCUUCCUUCCUUUUUUUUUUUUUUUUUUAAAAACCACAGUGACUUAGGAAAAAAAAGAGCACAUAUGGUAUUGUGACUGUUUCUUCAAUAAUUCAGGAGCCGGAACUUCAAAAGACACACUCAAUAACUGAAACACUACAUUAACAUUUUAGACUUCUUAUUGUCUUUCAAUCAGAACUUCAUAAAGCUACAUUUCUUACUUUAUGAAGUACUACCAGCGCUACAGUUAAAAUGAGUUAAAUCAGUAUUCUGAGAAAUGCAUUGAAAUUUCAAUCAGCUGAGAAUAAAUCACUUUCUAAUUUUUAGAUCAUUUCUGGUAUCAAUAUAAGGCAAUACACAAUAAGUUUCACAAAGAAUGAAUAAAUGUUAUCUUAACCCUUUGCAACAAAUUUACAUUACAGGUCCACAUUGGGGUUGUGGUCGCUUCUUUUAUGUCACUAUAUUUACACAAAUGUUCAUUUUUGAGUUUUUGCUGUCAUUUUGAAAGUCAAUCAUAAUCAUUUUUAUCUAGUUUCAAAGCUCUACAGUAGAACAGGUGGGAUGAGAUUGCUAAACGUGUUUUCUACAGUUUUAUGUUCAGUGUUUCAUGCUGUUUAAAAAUGAAUAAACAUGUAAUGUUGUGUGUGAGUAUUACAUUUGUUGGUGCACAUUAAAUUAAAGACCAUUAAAGCAACAACAAUAACAAGUUAAA